GAAAGAGAGCUGCGAAAGUGAGUUACGCGGGUGGACACGUACAGGUACAGGGUCGGCCGGUAUGUGCACGCGGUCUCGUCGGUGCGGGAUAGCGGUCAUCUUGGCGAUCAUCCUUUUCUCGCGGAUCCGCUGCUGUCAGAGCGGUGCACUGGACGUAACCCCGUGUAACGUUAUCGCCGAUGGACGGGAGUUGCUGUGCCGUGGCGCCAAUCUACUCUCCAUUGAAUUCAUCUCCGAUAUUCAUCUGUCAUCAAAGGCUAUUGUUCCUGUUAAUGUUACAAAGAUUGAUUUGACCAACAAUAAUAUAACGGACAUUCCAAUACGUGCUUUCCAUCGAUUUCCCAAUCUCGAAAUUUUAUUUCUUCGACGUAAUCAUCUACGUGCCAUUCAUGCCGACGCGUUUUUACACUUAGCAAACCUUCGUAUAUUGGAACUCGAUGAAAAUUAUUUAACGAAGAUACCUUCUGCUGCUGUAAAUCUACCUAGCCUCGAAGAAUUGUCUAUAUCAAAUAACAAAAUAAAACAACUUACGAGAGAUGCAUUAUGCUAUGCUAGUAAUUUAGUAUCGCUCGACUUACGCGGAAAUCCUAUUAAAGAGAUACAUAACGAAACCUUCCAGAAUCUUGGCAAACUCCGUAAGUUAAUAUUGUCAAAUGUGAAGGAAUUACAACUUUUUCCCAAUCUAAAUGGGGCAGCAUCUUUAGAAGUAUUAAGAUUGGAUCGUUCCCAAUUAAAGGAAAUUCCCCCUAAUCUUUGUCGGCAAUGUCCGAAACUCAAAAGUCUCGAUAUAAAAUCUAAUUUUUUGACGGAGAUACCAAAUUUACGAAACUGUAAUGAACUUCGCGUUUUGGAUUUAGCUAGUAAUAUGAUUUCUACAUUACCCGACGACGCAUUUAAAGGUUUAAAUAUGCUGUACGAUCUUCUCUUGUCCAACAAUAACUUACAAAGUAUUUCUAGUGAUGCAUUUAUCGGAUUAUCUAGACUUCAAGUUUUAGACUUGGAACAUAAUUAUAUUGAAUAUAUACAUCCUGAUGCAUUCAGAGAAACGAAACGAUUGCAGGACUUAAAUUUAGGAAUUACACUACCGAUAAGAGGUCUUGCGGGGUUAUUGCAUCUUAAGACGUUUAAUAAUCCUGCAUUGCGAGAAUUUCCAUCUCCUGAAAGAUUUCCACGAGUACAAACAAUGUUGCUGUCAUAUGCUUAUCAUUGUUGCUCAUUUCUCUCGCUCGACAUGGAAGAAUCUGUUACAAAAUCACCGGUACAGGAAUCGAUUUUGUUUCCCACUGAUGAUUUCGAUACUAGUUUAUGGAAUUCAACAUUUAGCGAUAUCUGGCCACAGUUGGAUAACUUGACCGACAAAUUCGGAUCGCAGAUAAAUGAAUUUUGGGCUAACUUUGGUUCAGAUUUUACCUACCCCGGAAAUCUGCCUUCCUACGUAGAGGAUUAUUUCGAGAAUCUAAACAGUCGAACAACACCAACGAGUCGGACUAUAUCCUCUCGUAUCCAAUGCUUGCCACAACCUGGUCCUUUUCUACCGUGCCAAGAUUUAUUCGACUGGUGGACUUUACGAUGCGGCGUAUGGAUAGUCUUCCUCCUUGCCAUGCUCGGGAAUGGCACUGUAGUGUUUGUCUUGAUAUUCUCGAGAAGCAAGAUGGAUGUGCCACGAUUUUUAGUCUGCAAUUUAGCCGCUGCCGAUUUUUUUAUGGGUGUUUAUCUAGGUUUAUUGGCUGUUGUUGAUGCAUCGACCUUAGGAGAAUUUCGAAUGUACGCGAUACCAUGGCAAAUGUCGGCUGGAUGUCAGCUGGCUGGCUUCUUGGGAGUCCUUAGCUCUGAACUGAGCGUAUAUACUCUUGCUGUGAUUACUUUGGAAAGAAAUUACGCGAUAACGCACGCGAUGCAUCUGAAUAAGCGACUUUCCUUGAAGCACGCAAGCUAUAUUAUGACGAUAGGUUGGUGCUUUGCUCUGUCUAUGGCGAGCCUGCCGCUAUUGGGAGUUUCGGAUUAUAGAAAAUUCGCUAUUUGCUUGCCAUUCGAAACUAAUGGCAGCGCGGCACUCGCAUACGUCGUAUUUCUCAUGCUGAUUAACGGAGUAGCUUUCCUGAUAUUAAUGGGGUGUUACUUGAAGAUGUACUGCGCGAUACGAGGCUCCCAGGCGUGGAAUUCGAACGAUUCUCGCAUAGCGAAGAGAAUGGCGCUGCUCGUAUUUACAGAUUUUCUCUGCUGGUCACCGAUAGCCUUCUUUUCUCUCACAGCAACCUUCGGAUUGCAGUUAGUGUCUCUGGAACAAGCGAAAGUUUUCGCGGUAUUCGUGCUACCGCUUAACUCUUGUUGCAAUCCUUUCCUAUAUGCGAUCCUUACAAAACAAUUUAAGAAGGAUUGCGUGCUGAUAUGCAAAGCAAUCGAGGAGUCACGUGUGACCCGAGGUAUCGGCAGGUGCCGACACAGUUCGAAUUUUAGCAAUCGGCAGACACCCGCCAAUACAAACAGCCUCGUCGAUCGGUCGUCACGAGAGAAUCAGGGACUUCAAACACCGUGCACUUGCAAUUCGAGAUUCCUGGAAACUGGAAGCCGUUGCUCAUCUUACCGUUGGUGGAGCGCCGGAAUAUUCUGGCCAUGUACACGCGACUCUCGGCCACGGCAUACGCAUAACGAUCAAUACGCCUAUCAGAUCGCCCAGAUUCAACAGAAGCAGCAUAAACGAGCAUCUUCGGUGUCAUCCAGCGAAAAUUUCUCUUCGUCCAGAUCGGAUUCUUGGCGACAAACGCAUCAUUGCGGCAUUCCGCUUAGAUUGCUAGAUCCAAAACGAAGGACUUCCUCUUGGUUGAUCACUAGGAAACCGUCGCAGGAUUCGAAUUUAAGCUCCUCGCGUAACGACUCUUCUGGUUCCGCGACUACUGCCAGCACCAGUACCUGGCGCAUCUCGAGAUCUAGUGCCUCUCUAGAAAUUAACGCGCGUAAUACGCCGAGACCGAUUAGACCGAAACCGCGACUAACUCGUCAACUCGCUAUCCAGGAGCCGGAACCUCCAGGAUCUCCGGGAAGACUGGCUGUUAGAUUACUCGCCACGAUACCUUCCGCGGCUGAGACCAGCGAUCAACAGGAUGACGAGAAUACACCGACAAAUUAAAUAUUUCUAUCUCUAACUAUAUAUAUUUUUGUGUAUUAUACAUACGUAAUAUG